GCCCCGCCCCUCAGCCGCACCCGCCGCGAUCGCCGGCCGGACAAAAUGGCGGCGGGGCGGCCCCUCAGGGAGCGCCCUUAAAGGAGCCGCGGCACCCGGGGCUCGGCGGUGCGGGCGGCGAUCGCUCGCCGAGGGGAAGGAGGCGGCGGAGAGGUGCCUUGAGAAUCGGUGCCAUCCUUCGGGAGCGCUGCGAGGCCGCCCUGCCCGCCCGUGGCGCGGCGGCGAGCGGUGAGGCGGCGUUACCAUGUCAACGCAGUUCUUGCAGGUAUUGCCAUGUGAUAGCCAGCAUUUCUAGCAAUGAAGAAAGGCUCCGUAAGGAAAGUUCCAGGUAGAAAACCACAGGCAUCAGCAUCCCUGAUACCUCAGCCAAUGUCACCUGUCAGUUCUGGUGCCACACCUGCACGUCUUGGCCAACAGACCCCUCCAGCUGCUCCCAAAAGCAUGGAGCAGAGGCCCCAGCAGUGGGAUAUUCCAGCAGAAAAUGUUGGAGCUGCUUUUAAAUUUCAGAAAGGUGAAAAUGGUGUUAACCCAGGGGUCAGGUACAUAACUGAACCCCUUAUAAGGGGUCUGUCAAAACAGCAAAAUCUGGCUUGUAUAAGCUCACUGAAUCUUUCUUCCCCAAAGGAUGGGGACAAGAAAUUUAAGUACAUAGAAAAUUUGGAAAAGUGCACUAAACUAGAGGUGCUAAACCUUAGUAACAACCAAAUAGAGAAGAUUGAGAAGCUGGAUAAACUGCUGAAGCUGCGUGAGCUCAACUUGUCCAACAACAGAAUCAGCAAAAUUGAAGGCAUAGAACAUUUGCAGAACCUACAGAAGCUGAACCUGGCAGGGAAUGAGAUUGAGCACAUUCCUGUGUGGGUAGGGAAGAAACUGAGAUCGCUUCGAAGCCUGAAUUUGAAACAGAACAAAGUGUCCUCACUCCAUGAUAUAGCUAAACUAAAGCCUCUGCACGAUCUGACCUCUCUGUUCCUUGCUGGAAACCCAGUUGCAAGUCUGCCUCACUACUGCUUGUACACCAUAUUCCACCUGAGGGCACUGGAAAACCUGGAUGGACAGCCAGUGACAAACCAUGACAGGCAGGAAGCUCUGGAGAGGUUUAAUUUGGAAGAGAUAGAAAAAUUAGAAAGAGAAUUGGAAAACACAAAAAAGGAAAUGGAGAGCAUGAAACUUAGCCAGUCCAAAGUGCUUGAGCAACUUCAGCAUCAAGAUGAGCUCAACAAGUCACUGAAGGAAAAGGCUGUGCAACAGAGACAAAGCUUUGAAGAGCUACAGAGGGACCUGGGCACCAAAAACGAGCUGUUCUGCUUUCCACUCUCUAUUGGAAUUGUGCUGCAUGUUCUCCUUCAGCUGAAGCAGAAGACAGUGGAGCUGACCCGGGCUUGCCAGAAGCAGUACGAGCUGGAGCAGGAGCUGGCCUUUUACAAGAUCGAUGUAAAAUUUGAGCCCUUGAAUUAUUUGCCCUCAGAGGAGGUUGAACUUGAUAAUGUACCUGGUGAAAGUCCCUACAUCGGCAAGGCCAGGUACAAAAGAAAUACGUUUAUAAGGGAAGGCUACAUCUCUGACAAAGCUCAGCAGCUGCAGGUUGGGAAAAUGCAACAGGAGGAAGACAACUCCUGUAGGAAACCCCAGCUGGAAUCACAUCUCCAAAGUCUAGACAAAAUACUGCAGGAUAAGGAAGAAAAGAUUAAUUCAGCACAAAGAAGAUUAGAAGAACUGCAAAGUGAAAUUGGAGACGCAGAGCAGCAAGUGCUGAAAGUAACAGGGGAACUGCAACAACUGGAGGUUGCUCUGGCUCAGAAAAAAAUCUCCCAGGCCAGCAAGGAAGCAAUUGAACAGAAAUUGAGUGAAAAGUUACAAAUCCUGCAGGAGCUACGCAAUGAGACCUUAGAACUGGAAAAACAAAUAGAGAAACAGAAAAGAGAAAUAGGGAAGAAACAGAAAGAGCUUGAAGAUUUGCAGAGUUCUCUUGGAUCUGUAAAUCCUGAGGAUCCAAGGCAUGCUCACAUGAAAGCUCAAAAAGCCAGUAAAGAGCAGCACCUGGAUAUAAUGAACAAACACUGCCAGCAGCUAGAGACUCGCCUGGAUGAGAUGCUCUCCAGGAUUGCCAAGGAAACUGAGGAAAUCAAGGAUUUGGAGCAGCAGCUCACUGAUGGUCAAAUAGCAACAAAUGAAGCACUGAAAAGGGAUCUGGAAAGUAUUAUCCUUGGCUUACAGGAAUACCUGCAGGGUGUGAGGCAUCAGGCAAAACAGGCCAAUGAGGAGUGUAAGAAGUUGCAGAAGGAAAAGGAAUCUUUGCUGGGAAGAUUGGCAGGUCUGGAGGAGGAUAAAAACAACCUGGAAGUGGUUGCCAUGGAUGCAGAAAAUAUGAGAAAAGAAAUUGCAGUGCUGGAGAGUUCACUCCAGGAGCAGAGGGAGAUAAAUGAGUCCCUGCAAGGUGCUCAGGAGAAGGUCAGCACCCACAAGGCUGAGCUGGAAGCUCAAUUAAGAGAGAGAGAUGCUGAAGUCAAGCAGCAAAAAGAAGAAUUUGAAAGACUGAAACAACUUAGCCAGAUGGAGCUGUCAGCCCUGCAGGAUGAACUUGAAAAGGAAAGACAACUGUUAGAGAAUGCUCAGACCAAAGCACAGCUGGCAGAAGAAAAGGAACAACAAAAUUACAAGCUGCAUUUACAGUUCAAGCAAUUGCAGGGAGACAAUAAUUUCCUCAAACAACAGCUUAAAGAUCUCCAGAAUCAGCUAAACCAUGCAGUUGGUAACUUAAUUCACCCUGAGGAUGUCAUAGCUUCUAUAAAUGACCUCAGGAAAAGGCUACAGACAGGAGCAGGAGAGAUGAAGUGUCCAAAUUCAGCUGAUAUUUUAGGGAAAAACCUCGCAAGCCUGCAGAAGGAGUUCAAUGACAUCCUUGCUGAUGCACAGAAGGAAAAAGAGAAAGCAUGGGCUGGACAGAGACAGUUGCAGGAAGAAGUGGUAUCCCAGCAGGAGAAACUGGAAGAAAUACAGGAGAAAUACAGACAGGUUAAAGCUGAAAACAGGCAAAAUAAGAGCAAGGUGCAUCAGUUAGAGAAUGAAAUUCAAUGUUUACAUGAAAAAAUAAAGAGCAUGGAAGAGAUUCAGGGCCUGGCUGAUCAGCAGCUCCAGGAGGCAGAUGAAGAAAAGGAGGCUAUCCUUGCUCAGCUGGAGGAUUUAGAGAAGAGGAAAAAAAUAGAGGAUGCCAGGGCACAGGUGCAAGUGCUGAGUCUGGGUAAGGAGCUGAAGGAGCUGCAGAGAGCAGUGAUCACCUCAGACAAGCUGGCAGCCACCGAGCUCUCCAUCGCUGCAGAGCAGCUCAAGGCUCUGCAGGGAACUGUGCUCAGGAUCCACCAGGAGAGAGCUGAGGAGCUUGAGGAAGCCCAAGAGUUCUGUGCCGAGGCAGCUCGUGCUUCCCAGGCUCUUGCCAAAGCAGAAGCAGAAAGGGAAUUGCUACAACAACUCCUGAAGGAGAAGGAAGAGCAACUUCUGCAGGAAAUGGAGAAAGCUGGUGAGAAAACUGUUGCAUCAGACACUCAGAAGUUUGAAAUUAAUAAAUUAAGUGAGGCUGUGGAACAGCAAAAAGCAGAGAUCGACCGUCUGAAAUGGUUGUUGGAUAAUAUUGGGACAGGUAACAAAGAUGAAAUUGAAACCUUGCAGGAUGAAAUUGCAGCCCUCAGAAAUGUGCUCUUACAGCAGAAUGAUCACAGCCCCAGUGCAGCAGAGCCCCUGAAAAGAGGGGGAUACUGGUACUUCCUGCCAUCGUCACAGGCUUCAACUCCUGCUUCCCAGAGCACCAAAGACUCUGGGGUGUGUUUGGGGUGCUCUGGCACAUCCCCAGCCAGGAGAGGGGAUGCUCAGGACACGCCCUGUGGGAGGGACGACUUGCCCAGCCAGGGAUGUUGGGUUUAUUCUCCAGUCAGAAAUAGGCUGUACAAAGCAAAUUCUGGCAAAGCAAAAGAAGAUGGUGAAGGAAAUGCAGGAUCUCCUGUCCCUGAAGCCUCUCCCUUUGUCCCACCCCCGGGCACAGUCAUUUACACAGCCCUUCCAGAUGGGGCCCCUGCACCUCAGGGCGUGGGGGUUUAUGGCCCUCCUCCUGCAGCAGCCACUGGAGCUGCAGUUGCUCCUGGAUCCAUCAUCCAUGGCCCUCCUCCUCUGGGAUCCCAGGUGGUUUGUGGCCCUCUGCCUCCAAACUUCAGCGUGCCCCUCGUGCCCCUGGGAGUGCUCCUCUGCAACGUGCCUGAACAUCAGGAUCUGGAGAGUGAAGUCUCAAGGCUGGAAGACACCGUGUGCUAUUUAAAGUCUCAGAAAUACAAAGAGAAAUGCUCGGAGGCAGCUGAGCAUAAAUACAGAAAGGAGGUGGAAAGAUUGCAUGGAAAUGUUGAAGAACUUGAGCAGGAAAGAGAAGAGCUGGAGCGUGAAGUGGCAGAGCUGCGCCGGGCGGCUCAGGAGCGGAGCGCACGCAGGGACUUCAUCGAUGGCCACACCGACAGCCUCCUUGCAGAGCUGCAGCUGGAGAAGUCCCUUCAGCAGCAGGAAGAUGUUGCAGAGGAGAUUGAGUGUGCAGAGAAAACUCUCCUGAAACGCCGGGCUGAGCUCAGAGAGGCUGACAGGCUCCUCACAGAGGCUCAGGUGGAACUCGAGAGCACCCGGGGCAAGACUAAAGAGACUCUGCAGAAGUACAAUCGUGCCAAGCACCAUUUGUCCUGCACUGAAAUGGAGGCAGAGGAGCUGGAGCAGAGGGCUCAGGAAACAGCCACCAAACUUGUGAAAGCAGCUCAGCAGCUCAGGUUAUUGCAGACAGAUACGAGGGGUUUGGAACAGCUCAAGAGGGAACAAGAAGGUAUUUUGAAGGAAAUCAACAAAAUGGUGGCUGCAAGAGACUCUGAGUUGCAGUCAUUAAACCAGAAGAUAGAAAUGCUCACUGAAAGCCUUCAGAAGCUCCAAGGAGACAUCCGACUUGCAGAAGGCAACGAGGGCCAGCAUCUCCAAAUCAUCAGAGAAGCAGAAAACCUUGUUCAGGGCAAGAGAACUGAACUGGAAACGUUGAAAGAUCAGAUUUCUGCUCAGAAGCAAGAGCUCCUGUUCCUGGAGCAGCAGGUGACCCAAAGAACAGAAGAGCUCCAUGGCCUUCAGGACUGCAUUUCCCAAAGGAAAGGUGACCUCAAAGAGGCUCUUCGAGAUGGAGAGACUGAAGCACACGAAAAACUUCGCCAAAUAAGGGAAAUAAAAGUACUUCUGGGAGAGCUUAGUGUUGAGAAGAAUGAACUGGAAGUCCAGAUGAAUGAGAGAAGAGCACAGCUUUUGGUCCUAAAGAGGGAUAUUAGAAAGGAGGAGGAAAAUCUUGAAGGAAUACUUGGGCAAAUCAGCAAGCAUAAGAUGGAGCUGAAACAUGUGCUGGAAAUGCUGGAGCUUGAGAAGAAUGAACUGGAAGGUUUGAAACUACAACAUGAGCAGAAGGUCACUGAGCUGGAAAAGACCCAGGUGGCUGUUCUAGAGGAGAAGUUAAAGCUGGAGAACGUUCAGAGGCUGCUGCAGUGUCAGCAGGGGGAGGUGGAUUGGCAGGAGCAGCUCCUCAGGAGGGACCGUGAGGAGAACGAGCAGCUGGGCUCCCAGAUGAGAGCUCUGCACUGCAGCAUCGAGGCUCUGAGCAGGGAGAAGGAGAAGCUGCAGGAGGACUCCAGCACUUUGGAGAAGAGGUUGUCACAAACCAAAAGAGACUUAACUGCUGCUGAAGACAGCAGCAGAGCUGCACUGUCCAACAUGGAAAAAGUGGAAGUGGAAGUUAAGAACCUGCAGCAGGAGGUGGAGCUACUGAACAAGCAGAAGAAAUCACUGAAUGCAGAGAUUGUUGCUGUCCAGGAGGAUCUUCAAGGGAAAAAAGAAGAACUGGAAACACUGAAAGCACAACUGAAUGACUCGAGGCAGCAGCUUCACUUCGUGGAACAGGAUUUGUUAAACAGCUCCAGGCAGCAGGAGGAGCUGCUCAGAGAGCAGGCAGCCCUGAAGGAGGAGGUCAGAGAGUAUUUAAGGAAACGGAAGGAAAGCCAGGAGAGGCACAAGAGGAGGCAGAACCAACUGCAGCAGCUCCAGAAAAAGAUCAAGGAGAAGGAAACAGAACUCGCCCAACAGGAAGCGGUUCUUCAUCGCCUCAAGCAAAACUCAGAGCGUGAAGGGAAGAAACUGGAAGAAUGUGCAGCUAAAGUGAAGGAUCAGAAAAUCCUGUUGGAAAAGGAACUAACAGAUCAACACAAGAAACUGGAGCAGGCAAUAGCUAAAGUCAGGCUGGCAGAGGAGAACCUUGGGAAGCUGGAAAAGGAGGAGUCCCGGUGUGCAGCUCUUGAAGAAACCAUCAGGAAAAGCAAACAUCAGCUCUCAGAAAAAGAGUUACAGUUACAACAAAAAGACAGAGAAAUACAGUGUCUUCAGAAAGAACUGGAGCUCUCCAAGUCUGAGCUAAAGCAACUUCAAGGUCAGAUAGUGUCAGAGAGGAGAGAGGCAGAAAAACAAAUCUUGAAUCUGAGAGAAACACAGAAAAUGCAAAGGAUGGAGCUUGAAAGCAAACUGCAAGAGCAGCAGCAGGGAAGUGGCAGCUUGCAGAGUGCCAGGGCUGAGCUCGUCACCCACAGUCACUGCCUGCCAGCCGAGUGCCUCGGGGGGGACUGCAGCCACCCCCAGAGCCAGGUUAAAACCCAAGACCUGGAAGAGAGACAAAGGGAGAUGGAGAGUGCAGCAACCUUGCUCAACCUGGAGGUUGAAAAUGAGAUUAGGACGGGCUUUAAAUCUUCACGCUCAUCUUCUCCAGACCCCUUGGAAGAUUUGGAAGCAUCAUUUGAGGGAAAGAGGAGCCUGCAGUGUGAGUGUGAUAACUCAGAGACUGCUCCCUUUGCUGCUGCUGACAGACAGCUCCUCUCCUUGGAAGAAAAGUUCAACAUUUCCAGAUUCUUCUUACUGGAUGAGCAGUGGCGGGGGGAGGCACGCCGGGAGAAGCUGCAGCAGCAUGAGGACCGCCUCAAGGCGCAGCUGCGGCGCUGCAUGGCCAAGCAGGCCGAGGUGCUGCUGCAGGGGAAGCGGCAGACGGCCGGGAGCCUGCACAGCCUCCAGCGCCAGCUGCAGGUGCUGGAUGACCUGGUCAACAGCUCUGCUUCAGAUUCCUCCUUCCUGGCCAGCAGCCCCAGCCUGGGAUCUCUUCACAGUGUGACAAAAGCUCAGGUCCCCAGCAGCCCGGGAAGCGCGUUGGGAUCGCCGGUGCUGCGCUCCAGCUCCCAGGGAAUCUCUCGGUGAAAGCCAAAGGUGAGAUGUGGCUCCAGGCCAGUUCCAACCUCCCAGAGACACAAGUGGCUGGAAGGCUGAGGGGCCGUGGGGCAGCUGUGGCUUCAUGGACCACACUGUCCCUUCCCAGUGACAGCAUUCCUGGGGCUGGUGUCGGUUCUGCUUCAGGUUUGUGCGUGGUGCAGAAGAGUCUGGGUGAGAGCUGGGAGCUCUCCUGGCCCGUGGAGUUACUGCUGCAUAAAUUGUUGCCAUCCCUGGUCUUUCAGGAACUUUCCUGGUUCAACUGACCUCUGGGACAGCUGGUUCCACCCCAGCCUGGUACAAAAGUGUUCUUUUGUAACGGUUUAAGGUACAAAGGUUACUUGAAAAGUGGCUUCACUUUAAAAGCCAAGCCCAAAGCACAUCCACAGCGUGGACAGGGGCCCUCAGAUGCCACCUCUGAAGAGUUCUCUACCUCACUGGGCGAGCCUUGUCUGAAAAGGCCUUUGCCACCACUCACAAACAGCUGCUGCAAGGCUUGUACUGUGAAGGUUUUGUACAAUUGACAGCAGGUUUUUGUAUCUAAGUUGUUUUUUUCUAAAAAAUUUAAAUUUAUAUUUAAACAUGUCCAAACCAACCUCCUCUUUAAGUGUCCAGCUAGUGGCCAGUUUCCACUUUAAAACCUUGUUACAAGGUCUGAUGUGUUGCCAAAUGCACGGAGGUUUAAAAUACAAUUAUUUUGGAUACUUCCCUAAAAUAAACUGUUGUGAUUGAUGCUUUUAUCCGGGGGUGGUUGCAGAUCCUUUUCCUUAAAGCUGCUCUCCAGGACCCUGAUCCUGGCACAGCCCUGGCCAGUGACAAUGCUCCGAGUGCUGGGGCUCCUCCUUGCAGGGACGUGUCCAACACUGGCCUUUCUGUCCCUGUCCCUGUUCCUGGCUGCUGGGUGAGCACCUCCUCCUCUCCCCAGGCUUGGCUGCACCAUUUGUCUGAACCAGGUGGAUACAGACAAUGGCUUCUUAACAGAACUACAAUGAACUUACUCCCUACUUAGCAGAGGAAAAGCCUCUUUGUAAAUCCUUCAGGCAGCAGGGCAAGGCACAGGCCAACAGAGGCCGGUGGCUGUGCAGGGAUUGUCCCAGCCCUCCCCACCCUUCCCAGGAUGGGCUUUGGCAUCAGCCUCAGCCUUGCCUUUUCUCAUCCUCUUUAAAGAUAAGAUUUUUCUAUGCGGCCAUUGUCAGAGUUCGCUGGGAACAAACACACCCAGCCCUGCUUCCCUUCGAGAGCAGCUCUGGAAACCUCUGGGAGAUUCCUCUGGGAAAGCCUGUGAUGUUUGCAGCAAGAAAGGCCCAGGGUCAAGGCUGAGCACAAAUCCCAGCACGCCAAGAUCUCUCCCCACCUCAGAGGUCCCACCCUCAGCACAGAGGGCCAGAGCAAGUAACACACAGCAGGGAGGUUUAUCUAGAUACAGGUACUUUAUUUACAAAUAUUUAGAUUAAUAGCAUUGUUACAUCAAAUGAGGAGUACAGCAGUCCAAACAGAUCCUUUCUGUGACAGAAACAAUGAGACCUACUGUAACUUACUCUGGGAGUACAGGUAUUGCACCUCAACAAGCUGUAGUCAUUACAACACUGACUUCACAUCAGCAGCAGGUCGUGGUCCCUGGGCAAACCCUGGUGCAGCCUCGGGUUAAGCAGGAUGCAGGAGCUGGAGAUCUUGAACAUACCCAUCUACUGAGGAACAGGAGUUAAAAAAGGACUAACCAGACAAACAAAGGGACAGCACACGAGUUACCCAAAUCCUAUUGUCUGCACAUUCCAGUUUUGGCUUUUAUUUAACAUUGACUGUACAAUACUCUGGUACCACUGGUUACUUACAAGUCUGAACGUUGUAGAGUUUUAGUGUCUAGAGAGGGAUUUUCAGACUACUUUGUAUUUGAAACGCUGCAGUAAGCCUGAAGUGGGACACUGGAUUGUGGUUAAGCAUUUACCCCCUUCCAUUUUUAAACCUUGUGACGUUUUCCAAGUGAAGCUGCACGAGGAGCCACAGUAAAAGCCCACGUUAGUGCAGCAACACCCCCCAGGCAGGGUCACCACGUGACUCCCCCUCACACACAGGCCAGGCUGUGGCGCCCCAGGAAGGAUGUACUUGAAAGCUUGAAGCAAAACCCUUAAAAAAAAAAACCC